GGCGGGGACGAACCGGAGGAGGAGGAGGAAGUGGAGGCGGCUGCGAAUAGCGGGCAAAUGGGGAGCUGAGCGGCUGCAGUAGCACCGCAGCCGCGCAGCAGCAGCAGCAGCGGGCGGGCGGGCAAGGAGGCGAGAGCUUGGCGGCGGGCCGUUGCUUCGCAGGCGCCGAGUGCGAGCGGUAGCCGCGCUGCCCCCGCCGCCCCAGGCUGUUCCCCCUCCUCGCGGGGCGGCCGCCGCCUCUCCGGGCCGGCACCAUGCAGACCUUCCUGAAGGGGAAGCGGGUGGGUUACUGGCUGAGCGAGAAGAAGAUCAGGAAGCUGAAUUUCCAGGCCUUCGCCGAGCUGUGCCGGAAAAGAGGAGUAGAAGUAGUACAGCUUGACCUCACCAAACCCAUUGAAGAUCAGGGCCCUUUGGAUGUGAUCAUACAUAAACUGACAGAUGUCAUCCUUGAAGCAGACCAGAAUGACAGCCAGUCACUGGAGUUGGUUCACAGGUUCCAGGAGUAUAUUGAUGCUCAUCCAGAAACCAUUAUCCUGGAUCCUCUUCCAGCUAUUCGUACGCUUCUGGACCGAUCCAAGUCUUAUGAGCUAAUUCGGCAAAUAGAGGCAUACAUGCAAGAUGAGAGGAUCUGUUCACCACCCUUUAUGGAGCUGACAAGUGCCUGUGGAGAAGAUACCUUGCAGCUUAUAGAGAAGAAUGGACUGGCAUUCCCAUUCAUAUGUAAAACCAGAGUGGCCCAUGGAACCAACUCUCACGAGAUGGCGAUCAUCUUCAACCAGGAGGGCCUGAAAGCUGUUCGCCCCCCUUGCGUCAUUCAGAGCUUCAUCAAUCACAAUGCUGUGCUGUAUAAAGUCUUCGUGGUCGGGGAGUCCUACACAGUGGUGAAAAGACCGUCUUUAAAAAACUUCUCUGCGGGAAUCUCAGACAGGGAAUCAAUAUUUUUCAACAGCCACAAUGUUUCAAAACCAGAAUCCUCAUCUGUCUUAACAGCACUGGAUAAAAUCGAAGGAGUGUUUGAGCGGCCAAAUGACGACGUCAUCCGGGAAAUCUCUAAGGCGCUGCGGCAAGCUCUGGGAGUUUCCCUAUUUGGAAUUGAUAUCAUCAUUAACAAUCAGACGGGGCAGCAUGCGGUCAUUGAUAUAAAUGCAUUCCCAGGUUAUGAGGGUGUUUCCGAAUUUUUCACGGAUCUCCUGAACCACAUAGCUGCUGUCCUGCAGGGCCAGGCACCUGAGGUGACCCAGCUAAACCACAGCAAGCUCCUGGCAGAGCAGACCGGUGGGAUCAUGGAUGAGCGGAUAUGCUGUGCUAGCACAGGCUGCCUCAGCGUCAUGGGAAAAGACUCCUCCUGGAUUGUGGAAAGCGAGACCAACAGCUCAGUAAAACUGCAACACCAGAGACUAGGCUGCAACUCAGCAGUGUCCCCCAGCUUCCAGCAGCACUGCGUCGCUACGUUGGCAACAAAAGCUUCUUCUCAAUAACUUGCCAAUGCCAUGGACUGAGAAAGCCACAGGGAUACAAAUAUUGGUCCCAGAACCAGAUCAGGCUGUAACAAUACAAUUGUGAAAAAUGGGGGAAAAAAAUCAACACAAAACACAACACAAAAAAAAUCAAAAUAAAAAAAAAACCUUCCAUUUGAUUUAACCUGAUUUGCUGAUGAAAUGGACUUAAAGGGCGAGGGUGAGAAAGUGAUUCAGAUCCAUUUCAUCAGGUUCCAGUUGCAAAUCUAUAGUGAGUUUACACACACGUGGGUUUUAACACUAGUCCUUUCGUUGUGGGAGGGUUGCUCUUUCAUUUCUAUUGUUCUUUGUAAUCACUGGUGACCAGCAUUUUAAAAUCUGACCUCAUGGUAUCAAGAAGAUGAUAAUGUUGAAAUGCAGUGUCUGAAUGUAUCAGUGCUAAAGAUUUCUGCCUAAAAUAUUCCGUUUCCUUUUUCCAUAUAGGCCAUUGCAAAAGAAAGCUAAGACAACUUCAGUAUCACUAAACCAAAUCUCUUGAAACAUUGAGCAGUCAAGAUGUUGACAGGUAGCUUGCUGCAGAGCUGUGGCACUUUGAGUAGGAGAGAGCAGACUAGCUGUUCAGGGUGCAAAACCAAGGUGAUCACCCCACUUCCAGCUUUGCAGUUCUUCCCCCAGGCCUCAUUGCUUCUAUCAAAAGCAGCUUCUAACCACGCUCGCCAACAGCAACACAUUUGACCCAGACAGGGUGCCAAUAGUUAGACUGAGUGAUUUAGUAGAUUAAAUAUCAUCCUUUCAGUCGUCUGCUAGUGGUGAAAUCCUAUAAGUUAAUGGAAGCAGCUCAUCUCUUAGCAGAGAAUGUAAUUGUCCCUCCAUUGCACUUGUGAGGUCUGUAGGACAGCUCUACAAAAAAGCCGGCAGAGCUGUGCAUUUUCCUUGGAGCAGUGCACCUGAUCUGUGGAUCCUAAGGAGUUGCUGCCUUCCAUAGAUCCAUACUGCUGUGCUUUUUUUUUUUUUUUAUUUUGCAAAUUAAAUAUAAACAGAAUUGUGUACCUUUAUAUGAGGUAGAAGUACACAGCAGCUUCAGCUUAGAGACCACAUUUUGUUGCAAGCUGCUGGAUGAGGCUGUGUGGUAAUUUACAAUAGUGCUUUAUACUGUUUUUAAGCUAUUUUGUAUCUCUUGAGAUGCACAGUAAAUCUACAGUGUUCACCCUCUGUUGCAUCUUCUAGCGUGGCAGCAUCUUCUGCUGUUAAGAAUUCCUGUGACUUUUGCCAAUUCUGAACACUAAACUGGAAAUAUCCAAGUCUGUCAGUGCUAACAAUGGAGACACUAUUUCAGUAGACAGAGUGGCCUUCCCUUCCCCGUAUAAGCCCUAAAAUAUGUUUUAGAGGGGGGGGUGGUAAAGAAAAUUGCCAUAGUUAGGCUCCUAGAUUGCAGAUGCGGGAAUUUCUGUCUUUCCAUAGCAGGUUUUCAAAAAGCAUCCAUCACUGCAGCAUUUAAUGUUUGGCUGGUGUCAUGUGUUAGAUAUCUACCCAAAAGGAAGGGAUCUAGAGCUUAAAGCCCAGGUAGACCAUGGAGACAGGAUUAAACCAGGUAAAAGGUGUCACCACCCUACCUGAUGGUACCAGUCCUGGAGGGCAGAAGGUUUUGAGGAGUGUUGUGUAGCAGUUCUUUUGUGUAAACCAUGUUUUUUACUUAAGAAAAUUAAGUAGCUGGGAUCAGAUUUUCAAGGAUGAUUUACACAAGAGAAGAUUAUUUCACCUCUAGAGGGGUUACUAACUUUAAGAUAUUGCUAUAGGGACUGGAAGGACCAUAUGAGUGUGGUAUCUGUCAAAUUCCAGGGUGCAUAUAAAUGCAGCCAACUUCCUUGACUACUGCAGAUCAGUUCUGAGCUGAGCACGCUUCACGACGCUUGUAUGCUUUGAGGCUGCUGGAUCCCAUGUUGUCUGCAGCUCGCAGGUCUCGGGUGGUCGUGGUAUAAGUCAGAUGUACAUAGGUAAGGGUUUAUAAAAGCAUUCACGAUAGACCAAACCUUUCGUAAAGCCAUGACUGAAAUCAAAUUGACAUCUGCAGUUUGGGGUUUGUUUUUGUUUGUUUAAAAUAAAAAGUGUUUUUAUGUUACAUGUGUAACAAAAGAUACCCUCAGGAAGGAACUUGCCAGUGCAUAUUUUUGUAUGGUACUUUCUUGUAACCAGCUGGUGGACUGUUUGUAGACUUGCCUUUUGCUCCCUUUAUUACAAUGGCUUGGGUUUUGGGGGGUGGGUUUUGGGGUUUUGGUUUGGGGUUUUUUUUAUUGGGUGGUGGGGAAGAAGCAAUGAUGUUAAAACUGGGUUAGUAACUCAAGACCUUUCAAACUAAGUAUGUUUACAUGAAUCUGAGUGUUGGAUCCAAUGGAAAUGUCUGUAUGCUGUUUCCUAGUUAGAACAUCAAAUAAGAACUUUAUUUUCCUGGCUGCCUUCUGAAUUUUGGUUGGCCUAUUUUGCACUGCUUUAUUUCUCCGAAAUAAACUACUGAAAUAUAAUUGUGCAUUUUAAACUUGUUUACAAAUGAUUGUUAGAAGUUUAUUUUGUAAUUCUCUGAAGGCUUGCAGAAAUACUAUAUUUAAAUAUUACUCCAGACCUUGGCAGUAACUAGAAAAACAAGUUUAGGUCAUUGGUGUGAGCAGUGACAUUUUUCCCAUAGUCUGUAAUUUAUUUUUUAUUUAUCAAAUGUAUCGGUAUCACUUUAAUUUACCAGGUGCAGAUAUGCAGGUGCCUGUUGUGAUGUGGCAUUACAAUAGAGUUUUCACAUAAAUUACCAUGCAAUUGCUGUACUACUAUUAUUUCCUUGCAGAAAUUAUUGUUAUGGCUCGUGUAAUAGAAUGUUGCUAAAUCACGGGGGCAAAUUGGGAGACCAGCUUUUAAAAGCCAAAUCUGUAAGUUACCAAGUAUGCAGACAUACAGUUACGUUAUUGCAAAACAUUUGAGCAUGCGUAUGUUAUUAAGCCUGUGCUAAAGUGCUUUUCUGAAUUGCUGCCUCAUUUGGUAAGUUCAGGAUAGUUUUGAUUUAAGAUAAGCUUCACAGUAAGUUAGUUGAUAUUCUGUAGUCUUGUCGUUUUUUGUAAAAGUAGGGGAGUCUAGUAAUAUUAGACCAUACUGGAAUGCCUUUGCUUUUAAAAUUGCAGACAAUCUAAGGGGGAUUUUCCAUAAUGUCUUUUUGAAUUAUUUGAAUUUGUUAUUGUGGGUUAGGAAAUGUUCUGCUGUGUUUUCAGAGGCAUAGCUGUUAUUGCUGUUGAUGAGAGCAAUUCUAUUAAAAUUACAUGGUCACCAGUUAGCUUCUUAGGGAUCUAUUUCUGUUCUGCUUCACUGUUAGAAAUCCACAAGAACAGCUUGACUGGAAUUUCUCCAGGUUUUGUGUCAGCGCAAUAGAGGAGAUGGGACUCUGGUUUCCACUGUAAUUAUGUAAUCAGGUUCAGCAGGUGAAGGUUUUUUCCCUGUUGAAGAGAACUUGAGCGGUGGUAUUAGUGCCUGUGAUGUAAAGUCAUCGCCAUCCUCUUCCCCCUCUAGCUGACUUUGCCACGUUAUGCCUGGGUUUGUAAUGACCAUACCAGGACAUCCUGACCGUUGCAUGAAAACCAUCUGCAAAAAUGCAGCUAGCCAGGAGCAUUGGUGCUGAUGCUGGUGGUUUCUGUAAUGCAGAACUACCGCAGGGCCGAUGCUGUUUUGCCUUUGGUUAACCACAUGUCUGGCUAUUCAACCUUUGUGCUGUAGGAGCCGACUGACCAGGCUGGUCAGUAGAUAGAUGCACAAUUUUUAUUAAUACUACUCAGACUUUUGGAGUGAUAAAGCUGUUUGAAGAUCUCCAUCCUCAGUGUGGGAAUGUUUGUGCAGAGGAAGUCCACAGCAGGUUGCUCAGAUGGAAAACUGCCAGUUUAAUUUGUUUUCAUUAUAGAUGAGUACAAAUCAAGAACCCGACCCUGAGGCUUCACAACGUAACAAGGAUUGCUCAAGUUAAAGCCUCAAGUUCUCCAGAUUAACUGUGGGCUGUAUCCAGCCAGGGAACAGCCAGGUGGAUAACAGAGGCAAGAUACAGCCCAAAGGCAACAGAAUACAUGGGCCCAGAGGUGUUUGAAUUGGCUGGCAAAAGAGAGUGAGACAAAGGAAAAAUGCUUCUGUUGUUUCCAUCCUUAAAAAAAAAAAAAUAUCCAGGCUUCUCAGUUCUUAGACUAACACUGGUUUCCCAAAGUCUUUGCGUGGCAGCAGUGACAGGUGAGUCAGGUUUUUUCAUGCUAGCUUGCAGCCUUGCCUUCCACAGCUGUGCAGAAAAUCUUGGGUUUUGGUUUUUUAGUGAAUAGAGUCUAUUUUGAGUUUGUAGCAGUCUCCCCAUGUGCACACUUGCAGGAGUUCACUUGCAUUACCCUGCUAAUAUUCUUUUCCUCUCUCCUUUUUAGUAAGAGAUAUAUUGAUUUCUGUAUUCAGUAUACAAUUACUUUAUGGUGUUUCAACUCUGUGUUUUGUAAUUAGGAGUAUGUGAAAAUGCUUUUUGUAGAUUAAAAUAUUUCCUUUAAUAUAAUCUCCUCUUGCUUUCAUAGAUAAAUGGACACACCAUUGCAGAUCACAUUGCUGAUUUUAUUUGUAAUAGUGCUUUAAUAUCUAUUUCAGAGGAAUGUAACCUCUAGAAAAGUACUUUCCAUAUCUUCACUACCUUUCCUUUCCCUGUUCACUCUGUAGAUCCAGGCCAUCAACACUUGAGCUUUUGACCAGGUGGGUUUCAGAUCCUCCAUGGAUUCAGUCAUGUUUACAUGGCCACAAAAAUUAUUAAAGAUGGUUGAAGUUUGAGAGGAUCCAGGUAUAAAUUGAGAUGUUGGAUUCCGCAGUAACACAAGCAUAGCAGCACCUAUAGCAAGCAAAGGGAAUCAUUCUCGCUGUGUGCGUGCAGGUGGCUAUUGGGGUCUGCUGCUGGGGCAGUUUUUCCUGUGGAAUUAAAAAAUCCACUCUAAGAAAACAUCCUGUAUCUGUGGUGCAGAAGUAGGGCGAGGAUAGGUAAGGGUUUGGGAGUAAAAUCUGGCCAGUGGACAUUGUGAUACCAGUGGUCUAGAAUUUCACUCUUGAAUAGCAACCUGGAGAGAUGUCUUCUCUUUCUCCACCUUUCUUACCCUGAAUCCACUGAGGCUGAUGUUGGCAGAUGCCUGUGGGCCGCAUGAGCCCAUUAGCAGGUGACCUUGCCCAGCAUGCCAUGAGUUUGCAGAGAGCUCCUGAUGUCCUGGGAAGUUUUUGUUGAUGGCCUGGAAAUCUCUUAAAACUACGGAAAUAGCUGAAACAGUGGAGUUCAUUAAAAUCAGGUCUUCCUCUUCCAUCCUUUUUAAGGAAAGCCACAUUUUAUUUCCUUCUUCGUUCCUUACACAGUAGGUUUUAGAUAUAAAUUAUUUUAACAUUUUUUGUGUGAAAAGUCAUAUAUACAUAUAUAAAGUUUUUAAAAGGUUGAGUAUAUGUUGAGUAUAAAAUAGUGACUUUGUUUCAGAUGUUAGCAGCCCCUAAAAAUCAGUUGUUUAUCCUCUUGUAAAGUUAGUGCUGUAAAAAAGAAUAUUAAAAAUAAAAGAUGUAUUAGAUGUAUGUUUUAUUAUUUAUUUCUGAUUCGGUAUUUGAUAUAGUUCAUGUAUACCCUUGUGAGAACCAUAUACUAAAAUGCAGUCGUUCUUAAAAUGGAGUAACAACAAUUCCGUGGGAUCCCAACAAUUUUGAGAAAACUGGCCCUCCGGGUGUGAAUAAUAUUGGAUAUUCUCUUUCACUUUCCAGCAUUGCUCCCCACCGAAGCAUGGCUGAAUCUUGGGGACCAUUUUGUGUGUGUGCUAGGUUUCGCAAGUCCAUUGAUAUCUGUGUUCAAAUCCAGCUGUACAGUGUUAACAAGUGUCUUGUGAUUUGCUUCAGCCCGGUUCACUAUGAUUUCUGGAACAUGAUUCCCAUUUUGUAUUUAAAUUUGUAUAGAAUUAUAUAAACCCUUAAAAGAUCAUGGCUUACUGUAAAAACCAAAAAUACUUGCUAUUUGGCGUCUUCAAUUGCAUGACUGAUCAGAUCUGACAAUGAAGAUGGUGCUUUCAUCUAACGGCGUUGAUUUCGAUGGUGAUAUAUUAAUUUUCUUUUCAUUUUCCAAGCACCUGUUUUGGACAAUGUUUGGUUUCAACAGUAAAGCAAUAUGCAGUAGGUAUUGUGGCAUUAUCUCUGUAAUUGGUUUGAUGACAGAAUUGUCCCUUUCCAACACGUAAUGAAAAUAAAUGCCUUAUAACAA